CUUCAUCUAUAAAUCCACUACCACUACCACUACCACUACCACUACCACCCUCAACAACGUAUGUAGAGCUAGCAUACACAUACCAUGGAGGCGACGACGGUGGUGAUAGUUGGAGCCGGUUCUGCAGGCUUAGCAACGGCGGCUUGUCUCACAACCCACUCCAUCCCCUACAUACUCUUGGAGCGCGACCACUGCCUCGCCUCGCUGUGGCGCAAUCGCGCUUACGAUCGCGUCACGCUCCACCUAGCCAAGCAAUACUGCCAGCUCCCCCACGCCCCUUACCCGGCAUCAACCCCAACCUUCAUGCCUAAGCGGCAUUUCAUCGAAUACCUUGAGGGCUAUGCCGCCAAGUUCCGGAUCCAGCCUAGAUUUGGGAUUGAGGUGGAAUCGGCGUGGUUUGAGGAAGGGGAAGGGAAGUGGAGAGUGAUGGCGAGGAAGGGAAAGGAAGGGGAGGUGGUGGUGGAGUUGAAGGCGAGGUUCAUGGUGGUGGCGAGUGGGGAGAACGAUGAGGCGGUGGUGCCGGAGAUUGAGGGUUUGGAUGGGUUUGUUGGGGAUUUGGUUCACUCGAACCGGUACCGGUCCGGUUCGGUUUAUAAAGGGAAAUCGGUUCUGGUUGUCGGUGCUGGUAACUCUGGGAUGGAGAUUGCUUUUGAUCUUUACUCUUUUGGGGCUUUUCCUUCCAUUGUUGUCAGAAGCCCGGUGCAUGUCGUGUCAAAAGAGAUAUGGUUGGUUGGGAUGUUACUAUUAAAGUAUUUAUCCAUCACUUGGGUGGACAUUGUGGUCUUGUUGCUUUGCUAUUUUAAGUUUGGGAGCACAUCAAAGUAUGGUCUUUGUAGGCCAAGUAAGGGACCAUUCUAUUCUAUUGCAAAUACUCAAGGCUUUUUCCCAAUGAUGGACACCGGCACUUUCGCUAAGAUCAAAUCCGGAGAAAUUCAGGUCUUACCAUCUAUAGCAAGCAUAAAAGGGAACUCGGUAACAUUUGUGAAUGGAAAAAUACAUCAUUUUGAUGCCAUAAUUUUUGCAACUGGCUACCGAAGUGCAGUGAAAAAAUGGCUCAAGGAUGAUGAUCUUAUUGGUGAUGAUGGAAUGACAAAGGAAAAGUUCCCAAAUCAAUGGAAAGGGAAAAAUGGACUUUAUUGUGCAGGGCUUGGGAGAAGAGGGCUUUAUGGAGGUGGAGUAGAUGCACUCAAGAUAGCUCAAGAUAUCAAUACUAUUCUACUUAAAGAAUAAUGGUCCCCAUAUGUGCUAUUUUGUGUAAAAUUUAUAUGGGAGGAAAUAUAUAUAUAUAUAUAUUUAUAUAUAUAUGAGGAUGAGUAAUCUAGGGACGUUCACAGUAGCUGUUAGAUGGUAAUCCGACGGCUACGAUCAUCAUGAACAGUAUGAAAACACGUUCUAUUUGUGAACAGUAAAAAAAUGUAUAAUACAUAUAUAAACAAACGACCGUUGGAUAAUGAUUCAA